UUUUUUAUGAUAUUGAAAUUUUACAAUCAUUAUUUUUCGUGUUUUGAAAAACAGGAAAUACUUAUUUAUACGAAAUUUAAUUGAACUUGGUUUUUACUGGUCCCUUUCUGUUGUGGGUAACUUUAUUUAGGGUUUGUCCCCUUUUGGUUUCUUCUACGCACUUUGUUGCAGUUCCACGUAUUGGGCAAAAAGCCAAAGCCAAUAAUUACAAAACAAGCAAGAAAGCCCCCUUUCCCCAAGAAAUUGUUUGUUUUUUUAAAUGGGUUCUUGAUUUCAGAACACCCUCUUCUUCUUCCUCCAUUUUUCACCAGAUUUUCAACAAGUGUGUACUGCUGCUCUACAGUUUCUUGAUAAAGAUAGGAAGAGUUAAUACAGUCAAGUGAUUUUGGAUGGCCGGCGAGGCAACUUUCGCUAUUUAGUCAUUCAAUUUGAAGGUGGAGAUGCUCUCGACGCUCCCAUUGCCUUCCUCAUUCGGUAAUCGAAUAAUUUCGUCGUCGUUUUCAUCAUCGUCGUUGUCAUCGGGAACUUGUAUGAGCUUUUGUCUCUUGAGCUUCAACUGUAUGGAUGAUCCCACCGGCUUUAGCGCAUUGCCGCCGCCGGCGGACAGCGGCGAUGGCUGUUCGACUGUUGUUUCGACAGAUUCUUGUUUCGAUUACGGCAGUAAGAGUGAUAAUUGGAAUGUGAUACGCGAGAGCGAAGACGAUGGAUCAUCCGGCGAUCCGCUGUCGGCGACGAGUAGUUUGUGCGGCGACGAAUUGUCGGGGUUGGAAUCCGUCGCCGCCUUGUUGGAGGUCGAGAAGAGUGUUUCCGGCGAGGUUGCUCUGUUUUCGAAAACAGAGUUGAGUAGUUCUUGCUCGAGAAAUAUGGCUGCCGGAGAUGAUGCCGCCGGUGGUGGCGCCGGAAAGUCAUCGUCGUCUUCGAUUGUUGUUAUGCAGCCGAAGGAUAAGGCGGUGGCGGCUAAUGCGAAAGCCGGCCGGAGUAUCUUUGAGGUCGAUUAUGUACCGUUAUGGGGAAUGACGUCGCUCUGCGGCCGGAGGCCGGAAAUGGAGGAUGCCGUGGUGGCCGUACCUCGAUUCACGGAAGUUCCAGGAUGGAUGCUCAACGGCGCGCCUGGCCGGUCGAUCCAUUUUUUUGGAGUGUACGACGGCCAUGGAGGUUCUCAGGUUGCGAACUAUUGCUGCGAGCGUAUGCACGUCGCUUUGGUUGAAGAAUUGGCAAAGAUCGAGGGGGACGAGAAGUCGAAGUGUAGCGACGUCGAAGAGCUGUGGAGGGUUGCAUUCGAGAAGUGUUUCGUCAAGGUCGACGACGAGGUUACCGCGAAUUCGAUCGCGCCGGAGACCGUUGGGUCGACUGCCGUGGUCACCGUCGUUUGUCCGUCGCAUAUAAUUGUGGCUAACUGCGGGGAUUCAAGAGCCGUGCUGUGUCGCGGAAAGCAACCCGUGGCACUGUCGACGGAUCAUAAGCCGAAUCGAGAGGAUGAAUAUGCUAGGAUUGAAGCCGCGGGAGGGAAGGUGAUCCAAUGGAACGGGCAUCGUGUGUUCGGAGUUCUUGCAAUGUCGAGAUCGAUCGGCGACAGGUAUCUAAAGCCGUGGAUCAUCCCCGAUCCGGAAGUGAUGAUCGUUCCCCGCGCAAAAGAUGACGACUGUCUAAUUCUUGCUAGCGACGGCUUGUGGGAUGUCCUAACGAACGAAGAAGUAUGCGAUUUGGCACGAAAGCGUAUACUUUUAUGGCACAAGAACAACGGCGCUGUUGGGGCUCCGUCGGGGAGGAGUCGAGGGGAGGAUCCCGAUCCGGCAGCCAAAGCCGCAGCCGAGUAUCUUUCGAACCGGGCACUCCAAAAGGGCAGCAAAGAUAAUAUCAGCGUCGUCGUGCUCGAUUUAAAGCCCCAUCGGAAAAUCAAGAUCAAGACUUAGUUUUGUACCGUAUUUGUCGUCAUGUCAUUCAUUUUUGAUCGAUAGAAGAAAGUAAUUGUAACAAACUAUUCUUCGACAGCAAUGGCAACU